UUUUUCGUGUGCGGUGGUGUUUCCAAUUUUACUAUUUCAUAUAAAUUAAUUGGAAAUGUCUAAACAGAAUUGAUUUUUUAACCGAUAUUUUUUUUAUUGUUAAACAAUACUUAAUUAGUAAAGAUUUUUUACUAAAUAUAAUAACGCCGUUAUUGAUUGUAAAAUAAUUAGCUACAUUAGUCCUUUAUGUUGGGUAAACCCGAGAGCUAUUUUUUUAACUUCUUAACAAAACCUCGGUUUGUGUGAGAAUGUCGUUUGCAUUCAAGAUAGAUAAAGCGUUGAAGGCGAAUUUGUAUAAAAUAUGUCGUCUUUGUGGAAUCGAUAGAGAAGACAAGUUCGACAUUUUGGAUGCUAAUACUGAAGAUCAGGAGCCGGUAGACUGUGACGGCGAAUUGAAACUGCACCAAAAAAUUAUUCAAUGCAUUGGCAUUACAGUUUGCAAGGAUGAUAGAAUGCCUCAAAGUGUUUGUGGACUUUGCGUGGAUAAAAUCAAUGAUUUUUAUGAAUUUCGUGAAAUGUGUUACGCCACAGAUGUUCAAACGAGGAAGUUACUUGGAUUGAAAGGCGGGGCACAAAAAAAGAUCGUUAAUGCAGAUGUUAAACCUAGUAUUGAUAUAAAAGAGGAAGCCUGUGCAAAACGUGGACGUAAGCGAAAAUCAGAUGAGAUUGCAAGAAUGGAAACAACUGAAAUAAAGCGGGAAACCGGCCCAAUAGUGCUGACAAAUAAAAAGCAACGUUUAAACGAGCCAUCAGACACAAAAAAGAAAGGGAAAUUUGGGAAAACAGUUGAUAAAAGUUUAAAGCCUAAAGAUGAAAUAAAAGAAGAACCCAUGGAUAUGGAGAAACCAACAUCUACGAAUAUCCAUAACACGAAGUUUCGACAUGUGUGCAAUAUAUGCGAUCAAGGGUUUAUUAGCAAAGUAAAAUUGGAUCAACAUAUUGGGGCAGUACAUACGCCAAACAUACCACGAUAUAUUUGCACCGCUUGUAAUGAAACUAUAAAAAAAACUAACGACAUCAAAAGUCAUCAGUUAUGGCAUAAGUUAAGUAAAACGCCUUACAUAUGCGGACAUUGUGGCCAAUCGUUGAUAAGUUCCUAUGCGUAUUCAAGACAUCUACGGGAUCACACUGUGGAAAUUCCUCCAAAUUUGUGGGUGCUUGAUCGUGAAUGUCCUCAAUGUCGUCACACUUUUUUAACGAACUUUCUUUAUAAUACACAUUUAUGUGCAGUACGGACUAAAAAGUGUGCGGGUUGUAAUCGUCAAUUACGUAAUGAGAUUGAGUAUCAGCGACAUGCAGCUCACUGUGCAAAAGUUUAUUUGAAUUACUCAAAACAUAUACCAGUCGCUGCUCUCGCAGCCGAAUCCACAAUUCGUAUUAAAAAUGAAAACGAAGUAGAGGCCGCUGCUGCCGAAUCGUUUGCUCGCAACGCUGGCAUAUCGUUGGAAAUGACGCCCAUUGUGUCGUUAACUCGUAUUUCGACGCCUGAAAUUCUUGCUGCUAGUCUUGGUUGUAGUACAACAGAAUAUACCAGCGAUGGUACUGGAACACAAAUUGACGAUGGAAAAAUGUCCGGAAAAAAGGGCAGUAAAAAAGGAGUCUCUCGAAAAGAUCUUAAAAGGGUAGAUAACUUAUUGAAAUCAACAUUAGAUGUACUGGUGAGCAUUAAGCAUGAGCCAGAGGUUCAUGUAGGAAUUGAUUCCGAAACACCAGCACCAUCCGAUGAAACCGCCAACACAGCGGAGGAGGCUGAUAUGACGAACGAUGACGGUUUUCACCGUGGAGAUGAUGAUGAUGAUGAUGAGCAUGAUGAUGAUUCGAAUAAUGAUGGUGAAGGGGAAACAGCUGAAGUAGCAAUGAAACGUGAACCAGCCGAGGAAUGUUUUGCUCAAAGUGCUGUGCAUAUUAAGCAAGAAGUGAUUGACGUAGAUAAUGGGAAUUUAGCUCCAACUACUAAAAUGCCAGUAUUGAAAUUGAAGAUCAAAAAAGAACAUGGCACAUUAAAUUCAUCGAUUGUCGAAGAACAAAGUGUCCGCGUAGAAAAAAAAAAGAAGAAGAAAAAACGGAAAGAUGCUAUGCGUAGUAAAGAUAAGGCGUUGGAUGAAAAUGAUCUUUUGUCUGGGAAUGGGACUGUGCACAACGAAUCUGAAGCUGCUGGUGGUACUAUGUCAAAUCAAAAGUUAUUAGGGUCUGUAAAACAAGAGCAACUGGAUGAAACUGACGAGGAAUAUGAUAGUAAUAAAUUAGAUAGUAAUGAAGCGUUACAUCUAGAGCCAACGGUCAUGACCACAAUUCCAAUACCGCAAUUCCAAAUAUCUGCAAUUUCAAGUGGCGUUGAAUUCAGCGAUAAUAUCGAGUCCGGUAUCCAAGGCAAGGCUAAUGAUGAAUCUAGUGAAGCAGCGACAGCACAGCCUACUUGUGUUGAAGGCGAAGUUGAGGAUAUUAAGCCAAACAAAGCAGAAUUAGAUCGCUUAUUUCAAAUCGCUAACGUUAGUUGUGGUGUGCAGAUGGAACAUGAACAAGGAAGUGAAAUUGAGAGAGAAUCAGACUGUAAUAGUGAAUAUUCAAAUUCUAACAUCCCAGUUACAAGUAUGGUACAACGUAAACUUGAGAAAAGCGUACAUAAAGUUGUUAAACAUAAACGUACAGAACAGAAGAUUGGGACCCCAUCGCGAACGGCGAAGGCAUACAAGUCUACAUCAGGAGUUAAUAAGAUAAGCGCAAAUAUCGACAGUGGUAUUUCUCAAGCCAAUUUAGGGUAUCUUCCCCAAAUUCAAAUUAAACCUGAACCAGUUGAUCGUGGUUAUGAGGAUAUAUUUAACGCGUAUGAGUCGGCUACAAAUUCCUCUGCGACAGAGACAUUACAAUUGUCCGUAAGAGAGAUGGCGGAGCAGGAAUAUUUAAAUAAUAUUGAUUUCGCAACUAUUCAAAUCAAACAAGAAAAAGAUCUUGAUGUGUCCGACGUCGAGAUGACAAAUACACAUAUCGUGGCAAAUGCCAUACCCAACGGAAAUCGAACAAAUGGUGAAGAAUCUCAAUAUUCUGAAAACGAUGAGGACUCGGAUAGUAUGUAUAAUGAAGAAACCGAUGAAGAUGAGGAAGAUGAUGACAAUGAUGAUGAUUGGGUAGGCAUUAAAAAAGUAGAAGAAGAAAAACGUGAGUAUCGUGAACUCGACAUGCCGCCGCUGUUAGCAACAGAGUUUCAGGAGUCAAGUGAAAAUGAAGUUGUUGACGAUAUAUCGGAGUCAAUGGAAAGCAGAAGCAACGAACAAAAGAAAUCUGAGUGCGAUUUAAAUAGCACUAGUAAUGAAGAUUUACAAGCACCUCCAUUAAUGAUAACAAACAUUUACAGUCAAGCCGACGGUGGGGUGACUGAAAGAUUCCUGCAAACAAAUGUUACAUCUGUGCCCCAUGAUGAAAUAAAGUAUUCGCAUAAUGCGAAAGAACUUCUUGUUGAAAUGCCAACAUUAAAAAUUGCAAGUGUCAUUGCUGGGUGUUCGACCAGUUUUGAUAAUUUUUCAAAAGAUGAUAAUCAGUUCAUCGACAAUUUUCCACCUUCGUUUGCCGGGCAACUGACGGAGGUCGGGGAUGUUUUUGAAAGCAGACAUAUAAGAAACAACGAACGUAGUGAUUUAACAAGUGGUAUCAUUGAUACACAUCCCGAACCACAUACGAUGAGCAUUGAGAUAAGUCAAAACAAAGAUGCUCUUCUUGAUGCUCAGCCAUUUCCAGAUGUUCGAGUAGAUAACGUAUCAGUCAUGAGUUCGUCACAAACGGUAUUAAAUUCGAAUAUAAAUAUAGCUUUGAAUUCUGCUCAGAACAAUCCGGUUGAACUGGUGGAUGAGAACUUGGUUGAAGAAGAGCAGAACCUUCUUAACCAAGAAAUGGUCGAGGCACAAGCCUUCCAAGGAUUGGUACUUGGUGCUGAAGAAUCCUUUACAUUGAAUGCGCCAAUACAAAACGUUGAAGAGGCCGAGAAUCUUAUGAAUGAAAGCGUAGCCGAAGCACAAAUGCAGCGACAAGAACCACAUACUGACGUUCCAACAAGUACGCACAUGAUCUUGCAACCAAACCAAUUAGAAUGCUGUGAUAGUGCCAAUGACAGUAUUGAGGGAACAAGUCAAAGCAGAAUAAUCAAUAAUGCAUUCUUGAUGGAUGAGAGUAACAUUAAUGAAAUCGCCGAAAAUAACAAUAAUGCAAAUAUAGAGCGCGAAUUACAAGACGAUGUUGCCUCAACUACAACUGCCAGCUCGAAUGCGGCCAAUUCCAGCGACAAUGACACCGAUAGACGAAACAUUACAGAUACCAGCGAUAGAAAAACAACUGAUAUAACAUGAAAAUAGAAAUAAAUUAGGCAUACACACAAUCUACAUUUUAAACAACAAGGGUUAGGUACUAUGUGAAAAAAUUACAAAGAGUCGGAAGUUCAAUUAGAAUUAGGCUAUUGAUAUUUUUUUAUAAGUUGGGCUAGAACCGUUCACACCAACUGGUUUUCGCUAUUAUUCAGUAAAGAAGUGGUUUAAUUAGGUAAGUUUUAGCUUUUUUUUUAUUAUAUUUUGUAUUAUACAUAUGUUUAACCAUAAUGUGUAUUUUUUUUAAGUAUAAAAAAUACGUAUGUACUAUUUAAUUCUUGUCAGAGGAUUUAUAUAUAUUUAUUAUAGCUUUCAGUUUUUUGUUGGUUAAUGUGGCACUUAAGCUGAAUUAUUAAAUUAAGUAAGAAAAUUAAGCUUAAAUUACGUAAACAUGUUAUUUACAUGAACCAUGGUGUUUAAUCAUGAGCUCAAUCUACUCUACCAGAGUAGCAUUAAUUUUCGCAUAUAUGUACAUAUAUACAAAAAAUGUGUAUAUAACAAUUUUUAUGUGGUAAUUGGUUCUAAAGGCCCAACUGGAUAUAUAUUAUUUUUAUGAAUGUUAAGCUUUGUGGAUUGAAGGCAUUACGACACAUUUUAUUGAAAUACAUGUUAAAAUAAUUUUAUAGCAUAUAGCAUAUAGCAAUGCCAUAUUGCCAAUUUG